AUCCGAGCCACUGAUGGGACAUGCCGUUCACUCAGUGCUAGUGUUUGUUAGCAUGUUGUUAAAUAAUCAGCAACCCGUGCUAUAGCUUUAUUUAUAUUACGCAGGUCGUAUGCCGAAUUAUUAUAAGCCCAGCCUAUAGCCUACCUGUUAUAAUGUACAUAAAGCAAAUAUUUAGUAAAAGACCUCGGACGAAACUGGAUCAGCUGGUCGGUGCAGCGAUCACCUUCUGCAGAUGUUUCCAUGCCGAACAAAUAAGACCUGAGGACAAUGGACUUCCUAUUGUUCAUCACAGCAAAUAUGUCUGUGAGCUCCCAGCCAACCACAGGUUUCCUAUGGGCAAGUUUCCCAGAGUGCUCCAUUUCUUACUCAAGGAUCAGGUCAUUACAGAUAAACAGGUGUGGGUCCCUGAAAUUGCCUCUCAGCAUUUACUAAGCGGUGUGCACACUGAUGAAUACUUGGACAACUUCAUAAAUGGGAAGAUAAAUGAACAAGAGCAGAGGAGGACAGGCUUUCCGUGGAGUGAGGGCAUAGUGAGACGCUGUCGAUAUGAAACAGGUGGAACUGUUCUCGCUGCAGAAAUCGCCCUGCAGAGGGGUCUGGCCUGCAGUACAGCAGGAGGGACCCAUCAUGCCUUUCCAAGCUAUGGCUCAGGUUUUUGUCUCCUCAAUGACCUCGCAGUCGCAGCAAAAUACCUCACGGGCAAAUCUCCACUCAAGCGGAAGGUCCUGAUUGUGGACCUGGAUGUGCAUCAGGGCGAUGGCACGGCUUUCAUCUUUAAAGAGGAGUCGUGUGUUUUCACAUUCUCUGUGCAUUGUGGGAAAAACUUCCCACUCCGUAAACAACAGAGUGACCUUGAUGUCAGUGUGGAGGAUGGAAUGGAGGACAAGGAGUACCUGUCAACAGUUGAGGCCCACCUCCCCUGGCUACUGGACACCUUUCGUCCAGACCUCGUUCUGUACGAUGCUGGCGUUGACCCACACUGGGAAGACGAGCUGGGCAGGCUCCGUCUGACGGACCAAGGACUGUAUCAGAGAGAUCUGUAUGUGAUGAAGAGCGUCGUGACCAGAGGUGUUCCUGUGGCCACUGUCAUUGGCGGAGGAUACUCUAGAGACAUCGACAAACUGGCCAUCAGACAUUCAAUUGUCCACAGAGCAGCCACACAGGUAUGGAGAGAAUGCGGCAUGUAGACCUUCUCAUCCUGACUCAAGAGGAUUUGGAUUGAUUUUAAAGGAAUGAUUCACCCAACAUAAAAAAAACAAGGUUUUCCCUCUUAGCUCUUCAUUCUAACCGUUGAGUUAAGUUUCUGUGUGAUUUGGCAAUGUUCACCGUCUGCUCUGAUCUUCCCUGUUGCCAGGCAGCCCAAUACAAACACUCAGCAGCAACGGGUGUUUCCAAAAAGCAGCGGCAUCAGUACCCAGCAUUAUCCACAUCCCUUGCGGACAAUGCAUUUUAUUGGGAAUUAUUACCAGUACACUGUAUCGAUCUGCCUCUAUUUUGUCCUCAUUGGGGGUUUGAUAGAUGCAGUUUACACGUGAUAGUUCCAGAAAUAAAUCACACAAACUACAGACUGCAUAAGAGUUAAAUGGGAAGAUAUCUUUUUUUUUUUUUGGUAUUUUGGGUGAACUGUUCCUUUAAUUUGGAAGGUUGUUGUCAUUGUAAGAAUGUGUUUUUCUGUUAUGGUGACUUGCUGAUAACCUCAUCAUAGAUACUGUAUUGGUAUUUAUAAAGAAACACUUAAAAUAUGACUAUUAAAUACCAAGACAUUGAAAA